UGGAUGGGGUGGAGUCAAAUAUCAUAGGCCAAGUUCAUGUCCUCGUCGGAAAUGAAAAUUGGAAAGUGCUGUUAUGUUAAAUGUCAGAUUCAGGAGUACAUACUUCUGACAGGAUGCAGGAGCAAAGAAACAUGACUGACUUGCAGGCUUUCCUGGAGGAUGGCCUGAGAUCAGAGCUGCUGCUCCAGCAACAGCUGCAGGCGCUGAAGGAGACCCACCAGCAGCAGCUACAGGACACAGAAAGGAGACAGCGAGAGGGCCUUGAGAAGCGGAUCCAUGAGAACUCUAUGCUGUCAGCAGGCGUUGGCAGGAGGUCUAGUGCUGACAGACAACUGGACGAGUUCUUCAGCUCUCAGUCCAGGGGACCGGCGAGAUCCAGUUCCAUGUCUGACCUAACCUCAGGAAAGAGGUAUAACUCCAAGAUCUCCCAACAGGUCAGACAAUCUGGGAGGUCUGUCACGUCCUCUGCAGCCAGGGCCAAAACUGCUCCACAGAGAAAAGUACCAUGGGAACUCCAGCACCAGGGAUCGACAGAAACAGAGCGACCCCGACCAAGCAAAGAGGAGGAAGAGGAAGCAGAGUGUCAGAGGAAGUUCCGUGCAGUUCCUGUGCCUAUCCAUGUGGUUGUGCCUCUCUACAAUGAUAUGAUGAAGACGCGUGAGAGGGAGAGGAAGGAAGGAUGUGAACGGAGGAGGGACUUCUUGCUCUCCACGCAGAAGCCCUUCAGCUUCCUGGAAAGGGAUGAGAAGAAGGGAGAGAAACUAAUGCAAAUGAUAUGCACGAUGGCACAGUCUCAAAUGGCAAAGGCCACUGUCAGGAAACCAAUACCUAAAGCAAUCAAAGACCCUGCGGUCUCUGAGCAUUUGAAAGAAGAAGAGCUGCAAAGGAAGAUACGCAUUCAGCAGAGGGCCCAGGAGACCUUGAGGAAGUCCACUGCACCUAUAGAGAAUCAGGCUCAUACCGAGAACCCUGAGCCUCGCACCGCCCAGCGAACAAAAAUGGAGGUCCUUGCCUUCCUGUAUCAGAAGCCUACCUUCAAGCCCAAGACCAAUUCCCUGGUCCCUGACUUUGACCGGCUGCACAAGGCCUUCCAAAGGGAGGCUCUGAGGAGAGCAGAGAGGACAGAUAUGACCAAGUGUCAGCCUUUCCACCUGCGGACAUCAACCAAGACUUCAAGACCAAGCAGGAGCAUCUCUGAAAAACAACAUGAACCCACAGCCCUUUUGAAGAGAAGCAAUUCCUUAGGUGGCUUAACAUCAUUGUCUACAGAUACGCUACCCACCUACAUCACAGACGCAGCUAGGAAACGUUGUAUGGCAAUAAGAAUGUCGGUGUUGCAGAGGGAGAACACAGAGCAGGAGAGUGUCGAGUUUAUGAGGAAACACAGGAUGAGGUCUCAGGCCAUGAAGAAGACAGUGGCCGUCCGUGCCAAGGUCACAGACCCACACAGCAGCCUGAAAGAGGUGUACCAUGAGAAGCUAAAAAAGCACCGGGAGGCUGACCAACAAAGGAUGAAAGAGUAUAAGAAAGAGCUACAGGAUAUAAAGACCAGAGUCACUGUCCGUCCUUUCCUAUUUGAGCAGGUCUCACAGAAAAAGGCCAAGGCUGAUGCAGAACGUAUAUAUGGAGACAAGCUGAGGGAAGCUGGCCUGAAUGAACAGUUUGUCAAAACAAAGGGAGAAGAGUUGUUAACAACACAGGUCUUGAAAUCGGAUGACGACUGUGACAACCAAAGUGUUGAGAGUGACACUGAGAAAAGGAAUGGAAACAUAGACGUUGGGGAGACAAUUAAAGAGGUAGAGGAAGACAGCAUGAAAACCAGUGGAGUGGAGAACAUUUGAUGAUCGAAAAGGUAGACUCAGCAUGGAACUCCAUAUAGCUACUUGGCUUCUGUGUUCUCAAACAAUCCCAAGUGUAGUAACUGUCUUUGACUGUGACAUGUUUUGUUAUUAAUUAUGACAUUUCAAAAUGGGCAAAUCUGGCCUCUGAAGCUUGUAAAUUACAUGCAGAAUUUGUGAGACAGUUAAUAAAGUUUAAUAGAAGUGAAUGUUUAUUAGUAAUUUAAAGUUUUGUUUGAAUUGUACAGCGGUAGCAGAUUAUGGUAUAUGGAAUAUCUGCCUGCAAAAUAUUUAAUCCUUAGAUGUCACAGGUUUAUUUGGUUUCAUGAAAUACAUUUUGCCAUGUUCUCUAUAUGGCCUUAUACAGUACAACCCUGUUUCCAAAAAAGUUGGGUCACUGAAUAAAAUGUCAAUAAAAACA